AUGGACUCCACACCUACUCUUCCCAUCCCGAUCUCAUACAUAUCCGGUAGAUACCUCCUGUUCUCCAUUGACGCCGUCACCUACCUGCGACGGGAGCACCACAUCUGCGGCGUGUUGAUCGGGACCCUCCCACAAAUCCCGCAGCAGAAUGUGUUCCUGGGUCUCCCGCUGGAAUUGAUGCCCGAGGAGGCGCGGCUGUUGGUGGACAAGGGUGUAGCUUGCAUUGUAGACGAAGCCAAGGCACAUGAUGGCAUGCGAUCGCUCCUAGAGGAAGAUCGCCGACAGUAUUUACGCGAACUAGAAUCCCAAGGCCAGCAUGCCAUGCGCAUCCUAGCAGAUCGCAAGGAACAGCAACGAGAACAGACCUUGAGGAAGCUCGACGAGAAGAAGGCCAAGGCCCAGGCUGCCGAAGUCGCAAAGAGCGCCGCUGGUGCUGAAGCCGCCGCUUCAUCAGUCCCGUCUCCGGCGGAGAAAGAUGGACCAAACUCGACGCUGGACAUCUUUGGAGGGGAUGACAAGCCCUCGUCUCCCUCUCCCGCAACCUUGACAAACACACCCACUCCCCAGCAGGUCAUGGGCAUCACCCCUGCUACUUCCUAUCCGCCGCUUCCUCACCCUGCCUCCUUAGCGUGUGAACUUCUCUCUAAGCCCGAUGUGCCCUUGUCCUAUCCGGUCUUUGCCCAUCUACAUUCACACGGCUAUUUCCUUUCACCUGGUCUGCGCUUCGGAUGUCAAUAUGUGGCCUAUCCAGGAGAUCCUCUGCGGUUUCACUCGCAUUUCCUGGUCGUUUCCGCUGAGUGGGAUCAAGAAAUCGACAUAAUGGAUAUCGUCAACGGUGGUCGACUGGGAACUGGUGUCAAGAAGGGCUUCCUUCUAGGUGGACCUCAAAAGAGGCGAGACGAGGUUGACGCUGAGGCUGAUCGAAUCGACACCGUCCGAACAUUCAGUAUUGAAUGGGCCGGCAUGUGA